UUGGUUGUCAACAAAAUACUAAAAUAAUUCGACACGAGAAAUUCUGAAGUUAAGAAUCACGUUUCAAUUUGAACAAAAGUUUCGUGUUCAUCUCAACUUCUGCUUAAUUAAAAAUCGAGGUUAAGGAAGACGUCUUCGAUCUUUAGGUGUCAUUUGAAGCGCACAGCAUGGCGUGCUGGAAGUGUUCACAUGAAGGCCUACUCCACUGAGAUGGUGUCCAUCAGCAGCGGCGGCCAUAUGGAGGCACGUAUGGACGUGUGGGUGCUCAUGGCUGCCAUGCUGCUGCUUCUGGCCACCGGAGCAGCAGGGCAGCUGCAGCAGGAGGAGGUGGUGGUGAUGGAGGAGCUCACGGCGCCACAUCCUGCGCGUGCAGGCGAUGACGUGCAACUGACCUGCCGCUGGUCCAUCAGCGGCCGCCUGCAUGGCGGCGGUCCAUCGCACGGGCGUGACCAGGGCUUCACACAAGUCAAGUGGUGGAAGGACGGCCACCAGCUCUUCAAGAUCGACCACAAAGGAGAGAAAAUUGACUACAGGCACCCAGGCGUCGACAUUAUCACUAAGGACAGCGACUCGCGGGUGGUGACACUGCGCGCAGUGAGCCGCCUGAGCGAGGGCCAGUACAUCUGCGAGGUGAUGGGCGCUGGACCAACCUUCCGCUCCACCAACGCUACCGUCAACCUCACCGUCGCUGAGGUGCCAGACGCUGUGCUGAUGACGGGGGCACAGCGCGUGUACAGAACAGGACAAUAA